AUGGUUGAAAACAGAAGGCAUACCCCAGUGUAUAUAAAAGCUAAGCGGCAGAAAAUCCUCAAGAAGAGCUUGAUUGCGGUGAAUCUUUUAGAGUCGCGGGAAAAAUGUCUUAUGGGGAAAGUGCCACACGAGGAAAGUGCCACACGAGGAAAGUGCAACACGAGGAAAGUGCCACACGAGGAAAGUGCCACACGAGGAAAGUGCCACACGAGGAAAGUGCCAUACGAGGAAAGUGCCACACGAGGAAAGUGCCACACGAGGAAAGUGCCACACGAGGAAAGUGCCACACGAGGAAAGUGCACACGAGGAAAGUGCCACACGAGGAAAGUGCCAUACGAGGAAAGUGCCAUACGAGGAAAGUGCCACACGAGGAAAGUGCCACACGAGGAAAGUGCCAUACGAGGAAUGUGCCACACGAGGAAAGUGCCACACGAGGAAAGUGCCACACGAGGAAAGUGCCACACGAGGAAAGUGCCACACGAGGAAAGUGCCAUACGAGGAAAGUGCCACACGAGGAAAGUGCCACACGAGGAAAGUGCCACACGAGGAAAGUGCCACACGAGGAAAGUGCCACACGAGGAAAGUGCCACACGAGGAAAGUGCCACACGAGGAAAGUGCCACACGAGGAAAGUGCCACACGAGGAAAGUGCCACACGAGGAAAGUGCCACACGAGGAAAGUGCCACACGAGGAAAGUGCCACACGAGGAAAGUGCCACACGAGGAAAGUGCCACACGAGGAAAGUGCCACACGAGGAAAGUGCCACACGAGGAAAGUGCCACACGAGGAAAGUGCCACACGAGGAAAGUGCCACACGAGGAAAGUGCCACACGAGGAAAGUGCCACACGAGGAAAGUGCCACACGAGGAAAGUGCCACACGAGGAAAGUGCCACACGAGGAAAGUGCCACACGAGGAAAGUGCCAUACGAGGAAAGUGCCACACGAGGAAAGUGCCAUACGAGGAAAGUGCCACACGAGGAAAGUGCCACACAAGGAAAGUGCUAUACAAGGAAAGUGCCACACAAGGAAAGUGCCACACGAGGAAAGUGCCCUACGGGGAAAGUGCCAUACGAGGAAAGUGCCAUACGAGGAAAGUGCCACACAAGGAAAGUGCCACAUGGGGAACGUGCCAUACUGUAAAAAUGUCUUAUGGGGAAAGUGCUAUAAAAGGAAAGUGCUAUACGAGGAACAUGUCAUACAGGAAGAAUGCAAUGAAACCAUCACAAACACAGUAA